AGGAGGAGAGCGCGGGCUCAGAUCGCCCCCCCCCCGAGGUCGCGAGCCGGCGCCAGGCGUCCUCCUCGGACGCUGCCCCCUGCCUCCCUGCUCCUUCCGUCCCGUGCUCAUGGCGCCGCCAUGGUUGGCGGCGGAGCGCCCCCGGCGCACUGCGGCUGCACGCCGUGCGCAGGCCGCCCGUGCCUCUGCGCGUGCUGCCCAACAGCUCUUGAGAGAGUUUUCGGCGCUGUCGCAUCGCGGUUGCAGUCGCACUCGGAUCGGAGCUGCCUUGGAGGAGGCUCUCCGCCGGACCGGUGCGCCUGUGGCAGGAGAAUGCGGAGAAGACCAUGAUGGGUGUGAUGACGUUGGUCAGGCCAUUCUAGCAGAGGAGAAGUGUGCUGCUCCCCGGCUUCCUGAGGAGAAAAGCAGCGCCCUUAUGUUGUCAGAGGAGGAGUGCGUUGCUUCCGACCCUGUUGUAAAGCAGAGUGUUCAUGUCGAGCCUGGCGAAGAUGAGAGCACAGCUGCCCAGCCUGCCGCUGCGCCGUGCGGCGCUCAUGAAGCUGCAGAAAUGUUCUCGGUCAUGUCCGAUUUUAGUCAGAGAGUUCAGGAUGCCGAGGGCCAGGUACAGUUCUUGUCCUCCAUCGCUGCGAGUGCCCUCCCAGCUGACCUGAACCAGGUGCCGCACUCUGACAUAGCGACUCUGCUGGCGCGUUUCAGAGAGGAGGAUACCAAGACCAUCACGGCCAUUGGCGCGGCCAGGGCUUCUUCCCAGAACGUGUCGGCUGCUGCAGAUCCGGCUUUCGAACACUUGCAGGUUCGUCUGAAGGCAGUCCAAAGAGCCUUAGUGAAGGCCCGGCUGACUUCGCGCCAUUGGGCGGAGUAUUGUAGCGAGUGAGAGGGACGUGGGCAGGUGAGUUGAGCCGGGCACGCAGCUGCGCUGUUGCCUUCUGUUGUGCUGGACGCGGCUCGGAUUGCUGGUUGUCCUGGGGGUUUUCGCGGCUGGGCCUUUGGGGGCCCUUGGCGUCCUGGGGUCUUCGGGUUCCUGCCUACGCUCCCCCCCUGCGGCCUCCCUCUCUUCCUGCUCUUUCUCUCUUCCUCCUUGCUUCUCCCCUCUUGGGGGGGUGCGUUGGCGGGUUCCUGUUCUGGUUCUGGGGUUUCUUGGGUGUCUCUGGGGUCCCUCGUCGCCUCUGUCUUCUUCCUGCUCGAUCUCGUUCUCUUCUCUGUAUAGGCGUCGAACCGUCCGCCUCAUGAUGAAUGAAUGAAUGAAUGAAUGAA